AGCUAAAGUUUGUUUAUGUGGGAUGUUUGUUGUAAUGUGUAUACUGUAAUGUUAAGCAGAAAUGAAUAGCAUCUGCGGCUAAAGCUACUUCGGAUGUUUGCGCGUUUACAGCUAUUGUGCUUUUCUAAAACAGUCUAAAUACUCGAAGCUUUAAUUGUUAAUGUGUCCAUAAAGGGGUUUUAGCCAUCAGAAACAGAAACGGUAGAAAAAAUUAAACAUUGUAAUAAAGCAUUACCACUGACUAAGUUACAGCUAAAGUUUGUUUUGUAUGUGGGAUGUUUGUUGAAAUUUUUUUCACUGUACUUGCACGUGGUCUGCAGUUGUUUACAAUAAGAUCGGUAUGUUUUAAUCAAAUAAAGGUCAUUUUAAAAAAAUUAUGUUUUCUUACAAAGGCCACGACGCCGACAAAGAGCAACAAGGUGGAUGUUUGUUGCCAGACAGAACCAUUUCACACAUCUUUACACAGUGUUGGUACCCAGUUGUCUUUUAGGACGCUUCAGGCUAAACGCAGGAGUACAAGUGUCCAGACAACAGUAUCCAGUUUUGAACUGACUGUACCAUCAGCAUCCUCUACUGCGUUUAUGACUUCGACACCCCUCAAACCUUCACUAAAAAGACCUCGUCUGGAGCUGGAGGAGGAGAAGGAGGAAGAAGAAGAAGCCGAAGAGACUUUGACAGAGUCAAAAAUUAUAGCCCAAGACUCGGAUAUGAGAUUUGACCCUGCAGAGGAAUGCACAUCUGCAACUGAACCAACAGACUUGUCAAUCCAAGAAUGCCCAGUUCAUAACAUUGCCAAGUUCAUUGUCUAUGAAACAUGCCUCAUGGAGCUCUUCAGUGACUUCCCAGUGUGUCAAAGGAGAUGUGAUGUAAAGUCACAAAGGCUUGGGACAUUUCUGAGCGUACAGCAAGUCUGCCCACACUGCGAGUUUGUAAGAAAAUGGAACAGUCAGCCAAUUAUUGGUAGUACUCCAGCUAGCAACCUGCAUCUUUCUGCUGCAGUCUACUUGAGUGGUGCAUAAUUUUUUGUAGUUGAAAAGGUAAUUAUCUAUCAAAAUUUAUCACAUUUCUUUUAGAAACAUAAUAUAAAUUUUGUCACAGGGUGCAUGCACAUUGUACUAAAAAUUCUCCUCUCUGUUGUCAGGUAUUUGCUGCCAUGAAACUACACAUUUUUAAAUAUGAUUCAUUUCGUUGUCAUGCAAGACUUUGCAUUGAACCUGCUAUUGUCCACAAGUGGAGAAAUUGGCAGAGUGAAAUGCUAGAACAGCUCAGUCGAAGAGAGAAUGUGAUUGUUGGAGGAGAUAAGAGGGCUGACUCCCCAGGUCACUCGGCCAAGUAUGGGAGUUAUACAAUGAUGGACCUUGCAACUAACACAGUGGUCGACCUAAAGUUAGUCCAGAGUAAUGAGGUGGGCGGCAGUUACCAUAUGGAAAAAGAAGGCCUAAAGAGAAGCCUAGACCUGUUGGAUGCCCGCGGUGUUCGUCUGGAAUGCAUCAUCACAGACCGACAUCCUCAAAUACAGAAAUAUCUCAGGGAUCGAAAUGUCACUCAGUUUUACGAUGUGUGGCAUAUCGAGAAAGGAAUUUCCAAAAAACUGGACAAGAUAUGCCAGAUAAAGGGGUGUGAGAAGUUGCGUAAAUGGUUGCGUAGCAUCAAAAACCACAUCUACUGGACUGCUGCAUCAUCCACAACAGGUCCUGAAAGAGUGGCAAAGUGGACCUCUAUCUUAAACCAUGUACAAGACAAACAUGUACAUGAAGACCCCAAUUUUCCGGCUUAUCUGCAUCCGCAACGGAUAAGCAGAGACAAGAACAAAUGGCUGUCGGCUGCAACGAUGCCAUUCUACAAGCUGGAGAAAGUUCUCGCUAACAAGAGAAUAUUGAAGGAUGUGGCCAAGCUAAGUCCUCACCACCAGACGUCAACUGUUGAAGCUUUCCACAGCGUCCUACUGCGGUUUACACCCAAAAAUGUGGUAUUCCCAUUUCUGGGGAUGCUAUGCAGGUUGUACUUGGCUGCACUGCAUUACAAUGAAAAUGCCGGGCGUCCCCAGGCCACAUCAGCAACUGGUAAACCUAUUUACAAGCUUGCCUUUCCAAAGGCAAAGAGAGUAUAGG